AUGUCAUUAAUGGAGGUAUCUCCCGAAAGAGGUGAAAAGGGUAUACAGAACGGUAUGGAUAAUGCUCUAUUUUCUCAACCUCAGGCGGAAGGGUCUAAAGAGGUGCAACAGAUGGCAGGUACAGUAAUGUGCUCGUUAAAUAAACAAUCUCAUUCACCUACCUCAUCUUCUUUCUUUGUGGAUCAUCUGUAUGAGCUAAGAGUCAGACAAAAUUACACCGUGGAUGACGAAAGUGGACUCAGGAGGGAUAAAGAACCACCAGACAGGGGCUUUUACUCUGAUCAAGAAAGCUCAAAAAAUUGGGCUGAUUCAAGUGAAGAUGCCACUGUAAAUGAAGAUCAAGGAAUUAUCUUGCUAAACCAAACAACAGUGAACUACUCCGACUGCAGUACUGGGCAUAGUCCCAGAGAAUGGGGGGGUGCCUCUCCAUCUGUGUUGGCAAUGGAUGAAUUUGGGGACUGUAUUCAAUCGGAGGGGCUAAUUCGAGAAUGUGGCAACGGCUGGACAGAAUGUUUGCUAACGCUGAGAACUUCUUCCUCAAACUAA